GGUCUUCGUGAUCGUGACCUUAGCACUGUGCCGUGACCUUUAUUUAUUUUGUUAAAGUGACGUGCCUAUAAAAAAGUGACGUGUACAAAGUAGCAUUUAUUUAGAUUGAAAACAUUUGAAAAAAAGAUAAUCCAUUAAAAUCAAGUAGUUUGCUGGAAGUAAGAUGUUAACUAAAUUUGAAACCAAAUCUGCUAGAGUCAAGGGUUUGUCUUUUCAUCCCAAAAGACCAUGGAUACUUGUUAGCUUGCACAAUGGAGUUAUACAGUUAUGGGAUUACCGUAUGUGCACUUUACUUGAGAAAUUUGAUGAGCACGAUGGACCUGUAAGAGGUAUCUGUUUUCACAGUCAACAACCUAUAUUUGUUUCUGGUGGAGAUGAUUAUAAGAUUAAAGUAUGGAAUUACAAACAACGUAGAUGUAUUUUUACAUUACUUGGUCAUUUAGAUUAUAUAAGAACUACUGUUUUUCAUUACGAAUAUCCAUGGAUUUUAAGUUCAUCAGAUGAUCAAACAAUAAGAAUAUGGAAUUGGCAAAGCCGAACAUGUAUUUGCGUUUUAACUGGCCACAAUCAUUAUGUUAUGUGCGCUCAAUUUCAUCCUUCUGAAGAUAUCAUAGUGUCGGCUUCUUUAGAUCAAACUGUAAGAGUCUGGGAUAUUUCAGGUUUAAGAAAAAAAAAUGUGGCGCCCGGACCUAGUGGAUUAGAUGAUCAUUUAAAGAAUCCUGGUUCAACAGAUUUAUUUGGACAAGCUGAUGCUGUAGUGAAACACGUUUUAGAAGGCCAUGAUCGUGGAGUAAACUGGGCAUGUUUUCAUCCAACUCUACCUUUGAUCGUUUCAGGUGCUGAUGACCGCCAAAUAAAAAUGUGGCGCAUGAAUGAUGCCAAAGCUUGGGAAGUCGAUACAUGUCGUGGCCAUUAUAAUAAUGUAUCAUGUGUUCUAUUUCAUCCACGUCAAGAUAUUAUAUUAUCAAACUCCGAAGAUAAAAGUAUACGUAUUUGGGAUAUGACUAAACGUACAUGUCUUCAUACAUUUCGACGUGAACACGAGCGAUUUUGGGUACUUGCAGCCCACCCGACGUUAAAUCUGUUUGCUGCUGGGCAUGAUUCAGGUAUGAUUAUAUUUAAAUUAGAAAGAGAACGUCCAGCAUAUACUGUUCACGGAAAUAUAUUAUUUUACAUAAAAGAACGGUUUUUGAGAAAACUUGAUUUUAUUACUUCAAAGGAUACUUCAGUUAUGCAAAUAAGGGGUAGUGGUAAAAUCCCAGCUUUCAACAUGUCUUAUAACCAAGCAGAAAAUGCAUUGCUUGUAUGUACACGAUCGCCAAAUAUUGAUAAUAGCACGUAUGAUUUAUAUAUAUUACCCAAUGAAGGAGACAGUAGUAUUGAACCAGAAACAAAGCGAGCAUCGGGAAUAAUGGCAUUGUGGAUAGCUAGAAACCGAUUUGCUGUUCUCGAUCGUCAUGUCAGCACUCACACUCUUGUAAUUAAAAACCUCAAAAAUGAAAUUUCUAAAAAAAUCGCAAUUCCUAACUGCGAUGAAAUUUUUUAUGCUGGAACUGGUGUUGUUUUACUACGUGAAGCUGAACAAGUAUCGUUAUUUGAUAUACAACAAAAAAAAAUCUUAGCAGAAGUUAAAGUUUCUAAAUGUCGAUAUGUGAUAUGGUCGACUAAUAUGGAUCAUGUUGCACUUUUAUCAAAACAUUCUGUUGUAUUAUGUAAUCGAAAACUGGAACAUUUAUGUUCAAUUCAUGAAAAUGUAAGAAUCAAAUCUGGAGCUUGGGAUGAUUCUAAUGUUUUUAUAUACACAACCAGCAACCAUAUUAAGUAUGCAAUCAGUAAUGGUGACCAUGGAAUUAUUCGUACUUUAGAUCUUCCAAUUUACGUAACUAAAAUUAAAGGAGAUCAAAUUUAUUGUUUAGAUAGAGAAUGUAAACCUCGAAUUUUAAGAAUUGAUUCAACAGAAUUUAAAUUUAAACUAUCUUUGAUUAACCGAAAGUAUGAUGAAGUUUUACACAUGGUCCGAUCAGCUAAUCUCGUCGGUCAAUCAAUCAUAGCAUAUUUGCAACAAAAAGGUUAUCCAGAAGUAGCUUUGCAUUUUGUGAAAGAUGAAAAAACAAAAUUUAGUUUAGCUCUGGAAUGUGGUAAUAUUGAAAUUGCUUUGGAAGCAGCUCAAAUACUAAAUAAAAAAGUUUGUUGGGAAAAUCUAGCACAAACCGCUUUAUUGCAAGGCAAUCAUCAAGUAGUUGAAAUGUGUUAUCAAAGGACAAAAAAUUUUGAAAAAUUAUCUUUCUUAUAUAUGAUUACUGGUAAUUUAAUCAAAUUAAAAAAAAUGAUUAAAAUAGCUGAAAUUAGAAAAGACUUCUCAGGACAGUAUCAAGGUAGCUUGCUAUUAGGUGACAUGGAAGAAAUAGCAAGAAUUUUAAAGAUUUCUGGACAAAAAUCAUUGUCUUACGUCACAAAGAAUAUAUAUAAACUAGGUGAUAGCGAAAAUUCAUCGCCAUGCCCAUCAAUAGAAAAACAAUGUACAGAAUUAUCUAGAAAAGCAUUUUAUCUGAGGUCACCAAUCCCUAUUUCCACAUCAGAUAGUAAUUGGCCAUUACUGACAGUUUCUAAAGGCUUUUUUGAUGGCACUAUUUGUUCUAAAAAUAUGAAUCAAAUUAAUUCUACGUUGGCGGUAGAAGAAAAUAAUUCAGUUGUUGAAGGUUGGGACAGUGACGAAGAGGAUUCCAAUAUCAACGACGAAAAAAUGAUAAAUAAUGAAUUAAGAAAUAAAUUUCAUGACAUUCAAGGAGAAACGCCAGGCUGGGACGUUGAAGACGUUGAUUUGCCCUUGGAGUUAGAAACGAGUAAUAUUUCAGAAUCAGAUGAAAAUUAUUUUUCACCUCCUGUUAAAGGAACAUCAUUAACUAAUAAUUGGGUUAAUGAUUCUCGACUAGCAAUCGAUCAUAUUUUAGCUGGUUCUUAUGGCUCAGCAUUUCAAUUACUUAAUGAACAAUUAGGAAUUGUAAAAUUCGAUCGAUAUAAAUCAUUAUUCAUGAAUCUAUAUUCAUGUUCACGAACAUCUUUGAGCUUAAAUUCAAAUGUUCCAUCCUUGCACAACUAUCUUUUACGAAAUUGGAAAGAGACUAAUCUCAAGUCUUCUUUUCCAGCCACAGUAUUAAAGCUUCCUAAUCUUAUCCAACGAUUGCAAAUAAGUUAUCAGUUAACGACAUCAGGAAAGUUUGUAGAAGCUAUUGAUAAAAUGCAAACUUUGCUGCUUACAAUACCUCUUUUGAUUGUAGAUUCAAGGCAAGAUAUAGCUGAAGCACAACAAUUAAUUCAUAUAUGCCGUGAAUACAUUUUAGGUUUAAAAAUGGAAAUCGAAAGAAAAAAUCAACCUAAAAGUAAUUUAUCUGAACAAAAGAGAAUUUGUGAAAUGAUUGCCUACUUUACGCACUGUAACUUACAACCAGUUCACCAAAUUUUAACGCUCAGGACAGCUGUAAAUACUUUUUUUAAAUUUAAGAACUAUAAAACAGCAAGAUCAUUUGCAAAAAGAUUAUUAGAACUUGGACCCAAACCAGAAGUUGCUCAACAAGUUAGAAAAAUUUUGCAGGUGUGUGACAAUAAUCCAUCAGAUGAGCAUUCUUUAGAAUAUGAUGAACAUAAUCCAUUUACAAUUUGUGCAUACUCAUAUAAACCUAUAUAUAAAGGAAAGCCUGAACUAAAAUGUCCAUUUUGUCAUGCUAGUUAUCAAACACAAUUUGACAAAUCAAUUUGCAAUAUCUGUGAAGUUGCACAAAUUAACAAGGACUGCAGUGGGUUAAAAAUAAGUUUUUCACAAAUGCGAUGAAUAUAUAUAAAUUUGCGAAUAAAAACUCUUGUCAUUUCAAUGUUGUUAGAGAGUUGGAUAAAUAAUAACAGUGAGGUUAUUAAUAAAGCGUGUGUGUGUGGGUGCGUGUGUGUGUGUGUAACCGGGUUUAUGGAAAACUUCCUCUCACAUCGUAAUCUUACAGUAGAGAGAAUAUAGUAUACAGUAUAAUGUGCGUUUGGAGUACAGUAGCAAGGCAUGCUUAGUACGAUAGCCCUCAUGUGAGCUCGUCUCGCUGCAUGAUAUCGUAGUCGCCCAAUAGAUGGUGCGAUGUGUACCAUUAUGGUAUAGAGUCAAGAUUAUAAUGCUUAUUAUAUUACAACAAAUGUAAAGGUAACAUAUUAUAAUUAUAUAUUUUUUGUUUUCUGUAUUUUUGCGUAAGAAUAAUUCUAAUUUCUAAUUUAACGUUAGGCAAUCUGUAAUCCUUACUUUCUCUGCAUGGUAUUAGUCUAUUCUUUUUUUUUUUUUUUUCUCUUAAUUUGACCAAAAAUGUACUUGAUACAUUCAUCUGCAAUUUUGUGACGUGGGAAAUAUCUUCGUAUUUUUAGACGCCUAGCAAAGGAUAUCUUAGAUAGCCGCGUCCAGACUGGAAACUGAUACCGUGGUGCUACCGUGGGCCAGCAGUAAUUGCCCUACUGACGCCUAGGGGUCAAGAAUGACUGCCACAUUGGCACCACUGUGGUAUGUAAUAAGACACUUCUAUGGGCCAGUGGAGUUUGCCAGAGUAACAGAACAUUAUCGAUACUAUACAAUAAUUGAUAUAUAAAUAAACUAUGCGACGAUCAGCAUUCGAUUCAAAUACAAAAAUCCUAAAGUAUUCCAGUCAGGGCUGAGAAGGUAUCCCAAAGAGAGUUCCGCUAAACAUAGACAUUCAACAAAUUGCGACUAGCUAUAUAAUUUAUGAUCAUAUAAUCGAUGGUAUUCUGGAAUGGUAUUGGUUACAUGUAAAAAUAAAAACUCAGUAUUUGCGUAAAAAUAUUA